AUGGUAGUCAGUCAACGUCAGAAACGAAGAUCCAGACUUGACCCUUCAAAAAUUGAUGUGGACAACAUGGACGGAAGCGAAAAUGUUUCUGUGGUUGAUCGACUUACGGGCAAGAAGAUCACAGGUGCCAAGGCUCCUCCUAUCAAGCACCUUCAGGAGUGGCUCGUGAGGAAUCCAACUUAUGACGUUGAUCCAAAGUGGUCGCACAUUGUUGCAGCUAGGGUUAGUACUGCUCUGAUUUUCUAA